ACAUGAGAGGAUCCCACACAGACUGAGUUAAAUCAGUAGAGGAUUUACUGUUAGCUGAUUUAUCAAUUUGACAAUUUCUGGUUCCUUUUGAGUUGAUAAUCAACAAUAUUGAUUUAAUUUGUCAAAGAGAUUUAGAGCAUUUCAUGCGCUGACCUGAGACUGAUAACCAGCGGAUCAACAAGAAGCAGAUUCGAGAUGAAAACACCAUGGCUUUUACUUCUCCUGAGCUCAGUGGUAUGGGCAGAGGAGCAGUAUUAUCCUCAGAGCGAUAACAUCACAUGGGAUGAGGCCAGACUCUACUGCCAGCAAUGCUUCAAGGAACUGACCACCAUCACCAGCAGAAACAUCCAUCUGAUUGCCAACAACCUCUCAGUGGAUUACUGGAUCGGACUGCGCAGGAGCUACAACGGCACACUCCCAUGGUCCAAAUGGUCCAACGAGGAUCCUGUUACCUACCAGAACUGGUAUCCUGGUCAUCCAGUGCCGAACACAGAAAUAAAACAGCCAAUCUGUCCCACCACACAAACUCCACUAACCUCCACAUCCUCAAUAACAACCACGUCUACAUCCACACCAACAACCACUACGAUGGAAACGUCAUCGUUAAUGGCUAACAAUACAGGCGAUAUGUGUCCCAUCCUGGUCGAAAUUCUGGAUUGCUUAAAUUUAACCUAUAAGGAUCUUGAAAGUACAGUGCACUCGUACAUGAUUACGACACCCAAAACAACAACACACAGCACUUUGCCGACUGUCACAACAACAUACAGCACUCAAACCACACCACAAAGCACCACGGUCAGCAGCUGCAUCCUGGAACCCGAACCCGAUCCUGAUGUGUACAUCGAGGAUGCCUGUGUGGUCCUGCUCAGCUUCGGCAUGUGGAAGGAAAAAGUGUGUAAUAUAAGUCGACCCUUCAUCUGUUAUGACGAUCGCUUUUUUGGGCAAAUCAACUAUUUCAAUGUGAUGAAAAAUAGUGUUAAUCUGAGCUGGAGUGCAGGACCCGGUGCUAAGAACAUCAGUCACUACAGAGUGGAAAUCACUGGAGAUUACAACCAGACAUUUAAUAAAACAGACCUGUCUGCUGAAAUCACCAGCCUGACCUCAGGAACUCUGUACCGGGCUCAGGUGUUUCCAGUGAAAUGUGGCCGGGAUCUCAAUCCACAGAAUAUCUCCUUCUACACCUUGCCGUCUGCAGUGAUAGAUCUGACUGUGUUGAAUGUCACAACUGAUAGCGCCUUCCUCAACUGGAGUAGACCAGACGGAAACCAAGAUUUCUACUUGGUAAUUGUGGAGGACUUGAUAUAUGGAGACAAUAAAACAAAAAAUUGUUCAAAAAAGCCAUGGAAUAGUACAGAUCUUACUCCAGGAGUGUUGUAUAACUUCACAGUCUUUGCAGUGGUGAAUAUGACGACUUAUGGAGUUCCAAGCAAGGUUUCUGUUUACACCAAUCCUUCAAAAGUCAAAAACCUGAUCCCAGGCAACAAUGAAAGCAAUGCCAUAGUGGCCAAUUGGGACAAUCCUAGUGGUUAUCGUUCAAGUUUCAACGCUUGUAUUGAAGAAUUAAGCAGCUCUAAUUGUAUUGACUGCAACAUGGGAGAAUGCAGCAUAACAAACGACACGUCCAUAAAUAUGACUGCAUUAUCAUCUGGCACCCAGUAUUGUCUGUGUGUGACAGCACUGACAAACAGCGACACACAACCUGGAGAGACGGUUGUAAGUCUAGCAUUCACACAGCCAAACACUGUGAGUGUCACCUCCUUGGUUACCUAUAGCACAUCCAUGUCUGCCUAUUGGACAAUAGAGGGGAAAUAUACAAAUUUUUUGGUGACAAUUCAAACAACAGAUUAUCACAGUACUGAGAGCAAUUAUAGUACCACAGAGCGUUAUUACAAUUUCUCAGGUCUGAUGGCAGCAGUGAGGUACUCGAUUACAAUUAUCACUUUUAAUGGGAAACUGCAAAGUGAUCCUGCUGUAGUAUCAGAUUACACAAGACCGACUUCAGCACGGUCACCAAAGGCCACUGUUAACAAAAGGAACAUAACCGUGAGCUGGGAACCUCCGUCUGACUCAAAGGAUGCUAGGAUUAAUUAUACAGUCACAUAUCAUACGUCUUUUUGGGGGGAAUAUUAUACAUCAAAUACCAGUGACACACAACUUACCUUUGAUAAUUUAAGAAGUGGAACAACAUAUGACUUUAAUAUCGCUGUUGUGGCGGGCAUUUUGACGAGUAAUCCAGUCAGCACUUCUGCACAAACAGAGCCUGUGAAGAAGGUGCUGAGCUUGGUAAUGCUGUGUUCAUCUGUACAUGCACUUGAGUGUGCAACAGACGAAACUCUGCAUGAGCUGUACAACAAGUUGUCCUAUCAAACUGCAGGAAAACUGGACGGGGUUUACUGGAAGCUGAAAUGGGUCGACAGAAAGUAACAUUAGCUCAGUCCUCAAAGCAGAAACUAGGUCUGAAAACCAUAUUCAUCCAGUCACAUUUGUUUUGAUUAACACUUCUUAUAUGGAUAAUUCACCUAAAAAUCUAAAAAUAAUGGAAUAUAUGAAGAGUUUAGAUGCAAAAACCUCUGUCACGUCUGAAAUUUCCAUAGAAAAUGAACAUUUUUCUCAACCUUAUGUUGUUAUGUUGAGAUAUUUUACUUUAAAAACCAGGAAAAGGACUUAUUAUUUGCCAUAAAAGUGAUAUUACUGAACAUACACACAGGAGCACGAUAAAAACAUGCUCAUUUUAGAGGAAAAUUUCAGACGGCAUUGAGGUUUUUGCAUCUAAACUCUUCAUAAAUAGUCCUAUAAUGCAGCAUGCCUUACUUUAUUCCAGACCACUAAAGGAGAUUUUUAUUUAUGUCUUGCACAUGUUGAUCAAGGCUGUAUAGAUGUAAUGUUCAUUAUCAAUUGUUUGUUUUGCUGUAUUUACAGUUGUGUUGUGUUUUACAGUAAACACUAGACGGGUUAUUAAAGGUGCAGUAGCUGAUUUUCUUCAGAAACUUGUGUUGUUGUGUUGGUUGAAAGUCUCUUCAUAGUCCAAUAGUGAUGACUAACGUAAAUGAUCUAAACGUGUUUAUAUGUAUGAUCAAAGGGAAUUUGGCCAGGAGUUACACCCCUACUCUUUACCAGAAGUGCCAUAGGAUUAUUAAUGAGAACAGAAAGUCAAGACCUUGGAUUAAUGUCUCAUCUGAAAGACUGUGCUCACUGACCCUGCUGGCCUCAC